AUGUCGAGACUCCCCCACGCACCCUUCUCGUCCUCCUGGGACGCCAGCCGCUCCUUCCACCACUCGACUUAUGCAUCUGCGGGCCCGUCGACCUACGCCCAGCCUCACCAGCCUUCGUGGUCGUCGCCCUCUGUCGCCUCCUCGUCGUCUUCGUCGCGCGCCCCUCUGUCGCACAACACCAGCGGCGCCAAGGAUCUAGACCAGCCCAUGCCCACUCCGACCACCGUCAUCACCGCCGACGGCACCACCGUCUACGCCGCCACCGGCCGCAAGCGCAAGCGCCUUCAAAAGGCCUGCGUCGCCUGCCACAAGGCCAAGAGGCGAUGCGACGGCGGACUACCAUGCUCCAACUGCGACUUCAGCGGCAGGACAUGCUGCUACUCGGACGCCAACGGAAAGAUGGUCCUGCCGACGGCGCGAGCCGGCCCCAACGCCAAUGGCAACGCCAACUCGCCACUUAGCGGUAGCAGCAGCAUCGCGCCAUCAGCAGCGCCUCGCCCGCCUCAUCCCUCCGAAUCGCUCGGCGCCUGCAUGAUCUCGGCCCCGCCAUCGCACGUCCACGCCGAAUCGCGUCCCCACCCCGCAGCGGCGUUGAGAUCGCCCUACGCCAGCAACGUUGUACACGACACGGAGGCUGCAUCCUCGACGAUGCCCCGGGGGUCUAGCCAAGCACACGCGCAGGCGCAGGCACCGCCGCCCUCCGCUGCCCCCGCGUCCAAGUCGUCCAGCGAGUCUCCGAAGAUGGCGCUCAGCCACUUUGGAAGCCUCAGCGCUGCGUCCGCAUCGAGCCUUCCCGACGUGCCGCCAGAACGCCGGCGCGAGCUCAUCAGCAUCUUUUUCGCCCAGCUCCACCCAUUCAGCUCGGUCAUCGACGAGAUCUCGUUCCUCCGCGAUCUUUCUACGUCGGAAGUCUCGCCGGCCCUACUGUUCUCGAUGUACGCCCUGGCCGCCCGCUUCCAGCAGGACGUCGAGGAGCAGCACCGCUUCGCUGCCGGCGAAACCUACGCCCGUGCGGCCCGCGCCAUGCUCACCGAGGAGGACGCCAACGGCUGCUCCGCGCUUGAGCAGCCGAGCCUGGAGAACGCCACGGCUCUCUGCCUCCUUGCCGCCCACGAGGCCGGCAUGGGCCGCCUGCAGCGCGCGCUCUCGUACUCGAGCGCCAGCGUGCGCAUGGUCAUCGCCCUCCGGUUCCACGAGGGUGCCAUCCCCGAGGCUCGCCACAUGACCUACAGCCGCGACUCUUUCAGCGGCAACGUCCGACGCAACAGCUGCCAGCGGCUAGUCUGCGUGGCCUGGGCGCUCGACAUCCUGAUCGCGUCGCUCGUCGGCCAGGCCCCCUCGGUCCGUGCCGACGAGAUCGAUGCCUGCAUCGCCAACUUCCGCGCCAGCAACAGCGACGACGUCACCAAGGCCUUCUUCAGCCUGACGCAGAUCUUUGCCGUCUUUGUCCGGGCGCUCGACCACGCGCGAGCGACCCGGUCCGCCGCCGCCGAGAACGCCAAGGGCGCCAGCGACGCCGCGCGCCAGUGCGAGGAGAGCCUGCACGCCUGGGCCGAGCAGCUGGGACCGGACGAAAGGUUCGACGAGGCCAACCUCAACUCGACCGCCAAGGCGCUCGCCGAGAUUGACUCGAGCCCCUCGGCAGCCAAGGCGGGCUGCUGGGCCAUGAUGCACAUGGUCGCCGAGUCGCUCAUGUUCGUCUUGCACUCGGCGGCGCCCGUCGACGAGGACCAGUCGCGCAAGACGGCCGCGUACAGCAACCUGCUCCUCAUCCUCGACGCCUUUGGCGCCGCCGGUCGACAGGGUCUGUUUGCCCUGCCUGCGCUGCUCAUCUGCACCGAGUACCCGACCCGGCCUAAGCUGAGCGUCUCGCGCUGGUGGAACCAGGCGCGCGAGUGCUGGGGCCUCGGCGAGGUCCAGAUUGCCGACGCCGCCGCCGCUCUCCGCAUCUCGCGCCAGUCUGCGCCCGUCGCCUCCUCGCUGCCCUACGGCGAGCCGCUCUCGCACCAGAGGAGCGGCAGCGGCGAGGUGCAGGGACAGCGUCAGCCGCUUCCGCGCCACCACGCCUCGGCGUCGGGGUCCAUGCUCCCCUCGCUCGGCUCGCUGCCCCUCCCUGGCCUCCGCCUCUCGCCCCCGACGUCGAACGGUGCGCGGAGCGAGGCUGGCGAGCGGCCCAGCCUCUCGCCCAUCGGUGCCAUCUCGUCGCCGACCGACCUGCCCUCGUGGAGGACGGGCAACUCGCAGGGCCGCGGCAGCCCCGCCUCGACCGAGCAGGACGGCGGCCGGUCGCCCACGCAGGCCAACAGCUUUGAGCUGUACGCCUCCAACGCCAUGCGCAGCCCGCCGCCCGGCUCGACGAUGCGCAGCGGCGCCCUCGGAGCCUCGUCGGACCCGCGCUCCGCUUGGAGCCCCAUCACGUCGCUGAGGGGCGAGAAGCGCACCAUCAGCAACGUCUCGCAGUAG